GGCAGAACAGAGAGGGGCUGGCAGAGUCCACUUGUGCUUGUCCCAUGUGUAAAAAAGCCUAGCAGCGAACACGGCUCCACUCCAGGGAUUAUCCUAGCAGCAUUUUGAGAUCUGAUGGACAAUAUAGAGGCAUGAAUAGGGCAGUUGUCGUCAACGGAAGAGCCCACCAGUGAUGGACUACAGCUGGACGGACGCUAACCUGAGCUGGCAUUCACCAAACGGCAUUCCUUCAAACUGAGACCAGCUCCACAGAAUGCUGAGUCCCAUUGUUCCCUAUAGCCUGUUGAAGAUGCACUGGACCCCAGAGCAUGCCCAGCCCCUGAGCCAGUGGCCGGAGCAGCACUUAGACGUGUCGUCCACCACCUCGUCACCGGCACACAAGUCGGACUUGUACUCGAGCCGCAGCCGUGGCUCCUACAGCUACGCUUGGGCCAACGAUGACAUCUCUGCCCUCACCGCGUCCAACCUGUUGAAGCGCUACGCCGAGAAGUACUCUGGGGUGUUGGACUCGCCCUAUGACCGACCUGGCACAUACCCUGAGCCUGGAGCUUUUGGACUCAAUGGUCAAAAAACUGAACUGGAGCCCUGGCCGCUCACACACAGCACUGAUGCCCCAUACUCCUUAGUAGCCUCUGGGGGACACGAUAGUCUGCCAGGUUCUAAAACCACAACUGCGGGGCCCCCGGGGGCCAGCACUGUGUCAGUAGUCAACAGUAACCUGUCAGACUCUGGCUACAGUGGCAGCAGCUCUUGCAGUGGCUCCAAUGAGUACCCCUCCACCUAUAAUGGCACCUAUCUCUCAUCAGGCUACUGUCCCCAGCCCAGCGCAGCACUUCCCCCAGCCUCGCUCCACACUCUGCAGUCCACCCCCACACUGGUGCCCAGCUACAGCCCACCCACACCGGCCUACAACUACACCCCGAGCACAUACCCAUCCCAACCAGGCCUGACCUCUAGCUACAGUCACCCCUCUGCCUCCUACCUGCCCUCUGGUCUGCCUGCCCCCACCCCAGUCCCCACCAGGCCUGCAGUGGUCGGAGGCAGCUACAGCUACCCCAACACCACUCUGGCCUCUGAAUCUGGUGGCACGUUGAAAAGAAAGGCCUUUGAAAUGGGACUGGAGGAGGAUGAGAAUGGGGAUGGUUCACGCUUUAGAAAGUACAGCUCGCCUUUUGAUAAAACAGAGUGCAGAGGAAAUGGCUUCAGCAGCUCAGGCAGCACAGACACUCAGAGCUUCAAACCCACUAAGCCCUCCUCGCAGCCUUUGGUGUCCCCUCAGUAUGGGGCGGGGGACUACAGCCCCCCGGCCGGGCUCACAGGGGAGAAUGGAGCUUCUGAACAGAGUUACUCUCAGCACCGUUCCCAGUCCCAUAAACGGCCCUCACUAUGUGCCCCCACAGAUGCUCUGAAGAGCCCGGACCCUCGGCUGUUGGAUCUGGUCAAUGGGGAGUUACUGGACUGCUCCCCUGCACUGGGCUGGACUGACCUAGUGGGACUGACCCAUGUGAAGGCUGCUCUGGAGGAGGACAUUCUGUGGCCUGUACUGAGGCCUAGUCCUGUAGUGAGGCCACCCCGAACCGUCCUGUUGUUUGGUCCUCGCGGAGGGGGUAAGACCACACUCACCCGCUCUCUGGCCUCACAGCUGGGAGCCUCCUUCUACCGUGUCAGUGGAGCCAUGCUGGUUGCCAAAGGUAAGGCAGAGGCAGAGCACAUCUUGGGUGCUCUGCUGCAGGUGGCGGGGGCACGGCAGCCCUCAGUGGUGCUGCUGAGUCACAUGGAGGCCCUGGAGGAGGAGGGCCUGCGGCAGAUACUGCUGUCUGCUCUGGAGAAGGCCCAGAUGGGCUCCAGUGGCCUUGUGAUCCUGGUGUGUGCCACUGGGAGGCCUGACCUCCUGCAGGACUCAGUGCACCGGAGUUUUGCCAAGCGCUACCACGUGGGCCUGCCAGACGGGAGCAUGAGGAGGCAGGUGUUGCUGCAGGCACUAGGACCUCAUAGCUGUGGGCUGAGUGACAGAGAGAUGAGUGCAGUCCUGCAGCGCUCAGAGGGCUUCUCUGUGUGGGAGCUGAUCCAGCUGAGUCAGCAGGCCCUGUCCUCUGCCUCUCCAUCAGGGAACCUCCAUGGGAUCCCCACGCCCACCAAGCCCCCUGCCUUUACAGACUUUGAGAAUGCCUUCUGUAAGGUGCGCCCACACAGCACCACUAAAGAACUGGACACUUGUUUAGAGUGGAGCAAGAUGUACAGCCACUGAGAGCAGCCAGGCUCUGCUCGAACUGCCCCAUGACCCAGACAUGGCAAGCCUUGCGAAUGUGUUGUUUUUGUAAUUUCAGAUUAUGCAGCCAAAAGAGCCAGAGAUAGCGUCAAGGAGAGACAAGCUAAUGCUGGCUUGGCUUUAGCAUGCCAUGGUGUGCUACUUUAGUUUGCUUUGAAAAUAUCUGCAAUAUUUUUCCCCAAAGACAAGAAAGACAAAAAGGCCUGAUGUGUGGGGUAGUGUAUAAGUUGUUAGGCCUAUGGGAAAAUCAGAAAGUAAACCACAUCCUGAUUAGCCUUGGUCCAGGACAAAAUCAAUUAUAUGUUGCUAGGUGACGUGGUCCAAGAUUAUGGAUAAUCAGGGUUUAGGAAAUCCUCCCUUUGACUGCGACUCUCAGGAUCCUAUUUAUUGCCAUUUCAACUCUGUGUUAUCCUUAUAGUCAGUCAUUGGGCUUUCACUAAUCAUGCAGCUCGAAGGGCUUCAGCUAAUCUGCAGUAAAUUACUGUUUUGACCAAAAACAAUUUGAACCAAAUAUGCUGCUGUUGUACUCCUCAAAUAAAUCCGGUCUCAGUCCAAAAUCAAAUCUUUAGAGCUUUCCACCAAAACAAGUUGAGAAGUGUCUGCCCUUCACACUGGAGAACUGUAUUGUAUACAAUAUCAAACUGAAAGCUCCUUCACCAUGUGCUUCUGUAAAUGCAUGUGUCACAUUCCUCAUCGCUGCAGUGUCCUGAGAUUCCUGCUCCCAACAACAGUGCACACCCAGCCCCUUGGUCUGUCCUCAUGUACCUUUUAUUUCGUAGUAUUAGUCUUGUUUGAAAUGCUCAGGAAGAAUUUCUUUACCUCAGAAUAUGAAAUAAAGAAUGUAUGUAAUCUUAGGGUCUUAGUAGAGAGGAGCAGCAAGUGAAGAAGCCUGUCUCUUGUCAUACCCACUGCAGCUGGGCUUUACCUCGGCAGAGAAACUUGAAUAUGCUACAAAGAGUAACAUUGAAUGUAAUUCAGGUAUUUCAAAGGAUAUUUGAUGCCAUAAAUCCAUGUAUUAUUAUAUAUGAAUAUAUAAAUACCUUUCUUUCUGUUCCCUCAUCCUUUAUUUUCAUUGUAGUUUAUGGUGGAGUGAUGGUUGUCUAAGAAAUGUUAACAACAGAAAAUAUUUCUGAUUUUGUUGGACAAACUGCUGUGAUUCUCAUGUUUACAUAUCAUGUAUAUGCAUGUCUGCUGUAAAUAUAUAACAAUCACAUAUGGACUCAUACUGACGAUCUGAGCACAAAUGCCAUUUGCCAUUGAAUAGACACAAUACAUUCUGUAUACAUUUACCAUGAGCAUUUAGUGAAUCCCAAACUCAAAUAAACAUGGUCACAAUGAGUAACCCACAUGUAGACAAUCCAGAGAAAGGUCCUCUUCAACACACUGGAAAAAACAGCUCACUAUAUUUGACUGUUGCCAUGGCUGCUCAUACACUCAAUGACGUAAUAUUUCCUACUGGUCCGUCCCCAUCACUCUUUCUCUCCUUUUCUCUCCCCAAUGCACUCUCAUUAGAUUGGAUUGCCCCCUGGUCACGAGCCCCAGUGGCCAUGUGGCGCUGCUGCGUCCUCCCAGCCCCCUCCUGCCUCCCGCCUGGACCCACUCUUGGGGAGUGGAAGUGGCCUGAUUGAUGUCCAGCAACCCUAUAUCAGAGCACAGCUCCCCUCUCCAGCUGGUGGCUUCACUCAUGCCAUACAGCCUGAUCAAUCAGAGAGACCCCUGCUGUGCACACUGAUCACUGUCUGAGCAACCCAAAACAUAGCCUCUGCUGCAGGAGCUCUGAAAAUCCAUUAUUCACUAUUAAAUUAAUUCCACAACCACAAAUGUCACAUUUAAAUUGUAAUUUGCCCAGUUUGUCCAACAAAAUAGGUUUUUAUUUUUACAUGUUUUAAUUGGUUGUUGCAGUUUGGUUAUUGUACAUUUUCUGUAACCAUUUCUACCUCAUUUUUGCGGCAUAUUGUACAUGAAAGUAUUUAUUUCAUGUCUUUUUUGAUGUCUCUUUUGAAAUGAUAAUAAUGUUCUUGAACUGUAUUGGUCUACCUCAGAAAAGACUGUAUUUUAAGAAAAGAAUAUCAACAAUAUUAAACAGACUUUGUCAGUA